AUGGACCGAUUUCCCCCUGCCCUUCUGGAGGAGUUAAGACCAGCAGUGCAGCGCGACAUCCGGUUGAUAUUAGAAGCAGUGGAAGAGGAAUAUAUUCGGCAGAAUGCGGCCUGGAAGAACACCGUGCGGCACGGUGAUGAACAAAACCGCCGUCUGACUGCGGCCCUUGAAGCCGCGGAGGCUGCCCGUCUGCAGGAGCGUGAGAGGCUCCAGGCCUCCAUCCGCCAGUUGAACCAGCAGCUGCAGGAGGUCAAGCGCCAGGCCUCCCUGAUCCGCGCCGACCAGGCCUCGCAGACCGCCACGGGCCAGGCCAUGAUCUCCACCAUGGGCCGCCACCUCCAGGAGCUCCAGGACCAGCUGGAGAAGGAGAAGCGCCAGGCUCUGGAGAGUCAGAACGAGAUGGUGAUGGAGAUAGAGAAGAUGAGAGAGCAGAUAAAGAGGGAGAGAGAGCGGCGCGUUGAUCUGUUGUUCAUCCAGCGGCGGAGAGUCAUGGAUGAGCUGCAGCAACAGGCAGCCAGGUGGAUGCAGCUCAAACACCAGCCGGGCCUUCUCUUGUCUGUAUGCGAGGCCCAGAGACUUCAGAAGAAGCUGAAGCGGAUUCCUUCCGAAGAGUCCUGUGUUGGAGAAGCAGCAGGGAAGGCCAAGCCCCUUCCUGAUAUAGGAAUUGGCAAUGCCAUCCAACCUGCUGACUGUAGUGGUGGGAUUUCGCACACCUUAAAGGGCCACAUCACUUGUUGGAAUAGCGUGAACUGGUAG